AUGGCUACCCACCGUGGGGAUGACCUCGAAGACGACUUUGUUCUAGACGAGAUCGUCGCGUACUCGGAUGAAGAAGCAGACUCGGGCUUGGGCGACGGCGAGGAUGUCGGGCACCUACUGAGCGCAGACGAGGGUGAGGCGGCGGUUACUUCGAAGGCCAAGGACGAGAAGCAGCUGGAGAAGAAGCGAAAAAGGAAGGAGAAGCUCAGGGAGAAGAAGGUCAAGAGGAGAAAGCUUGAAGAUGAAUCGGCAACAUCACUACCCAUUGCGGCACAAUCUCCUGCGGCAAUAGCCGAGUACUUCGCCAACAUGCAGGCGAAAGUCUUCCCAAAAUCGACAGCUCUAGAGCUGCAAGACCGUUCAAUACCAGAGAGUUCGAUAGCGGACACGACCUCAUGGAAGGGAUCGAGGAGCUUGGAGGACUUGGAGGAGUUCAUUAUGCAAGCUGUUCCCUCGCUACACACCCGAUUGUCGCAAAGAACUAGAUCACCUGGCGCACCAACGAUGUUGUUCGUCGUAUCAGCGGCCAUGCGAGGUGCUGACGCCACUCGCGCUCUUCGGAGCAAGAAGCUCCGCGGAGAGAAGGGCGGUGAUGUCGCGAAGCUGUUCGCAAAACAUUUCAAGCUCGAACAGCAGGUCGCCUUCCUGAAGAAGACCAAGGUUGGGUCUGCCGUCGGUACGCCAGCAAGAUUAGGCAAACUGCUGAAUGAUACCGACGCGUUGAGUAUAUCGGCGCUUACGCACAUUGUUCUCGACAUCUCUCACAAGGACGCCAAGAACUUUGACGUUUUGGAGAUACCGCAAACCCGCGAUGAGGUGUUCAAGGCGGUACUGGGAGCUCCCGAAGUGCUGCGCGGUAUAAGAGCAGGAAAGAUCACAGUUGUGUUAUUCUGA